UAGCUGCGAAGAGUGUGCGGUUGCCUUCUCAGGCUCCAUCGUGUCUAUUGAGCAGUCGCCUCUUUCUGAAAUGUGUGAUUCACGUGUCGUAGCUGAGAAAGAAAAAAGAAGUCGGUCAUUCGUUGCAACGGUUGGUCAACAUGAGCUGUAGGAUCUUUUCUCGUCGAAAAUUGGAGUGCUGCUUCCUGCAACCUGGAAUUAACUGGUCUGACCAGGUCCGAUUCUUCCAGUCUACCAAACCGGCCGGCCGAUCGCACAGCAGGAAGGAAACGACUGUCCAACACAAAAUAAUCCCGCCAUGGCUCGAAACAGGUGUACCGACUACAAAGUGCCAUUCCUUUUUGCCGUAUCGUUUGUUUGCUGUUGCCUGAUGACGACCACCGAGGCCCGGGCCCAGUUCAGCAACAUGCGCGUCUUCAGAACGAGUGGCAUGUUCAGUAAAGACCAUUGGCGUCCUUUGGAUAUUCUGAAAUCGUUCAAGGUGAAUCGAGAUGAAGAAGCAGGUUCAUCUUCGAGGGCGGCCGAAAUUGUCAGUGCCAGUUCGAUCAAACGCGUAAGUAUGGCGGCGUUGUUGCAACAACUCAAUCAGGCCGGUAACGGAAAGAAGGAAAUUUACUUCCCAAAGCUGGCCAAGAACCCCGAAGAGCUUAAUCAUACCAUUCCAGUAGCGGUUAUCGAAACAAAUCCUUCAACAGCUCCUCCCGUCAGCAAAGAGAGUCCCAUUCGUCGGGUGAAGCUUCCAGCUGGUUCUAUUUCUUAUUCGCGAAAUGGUCCCGGCUCGAAAGGACCGGCCAUUUUGAUCAACAUUAAUCCUCAUCUUCAGCGAUCGACGAGAGUUCCUAGCACCGAGCCAACAACAACAAUACCCGAGCCAACAACAACAACCGAGCCAACAACUACAACCGAGCUUACAACAACAACAACGGAGCCAUCAACGACGACCGAACCUCAGACUACAACGACAGAGCCGUGCGUAACAAAAAUUUACAUCAAAGCCAAAACACCAGCCGAAAAACAAGCAGCGAAAAAUGAUGUUGACAAGAUCAAAACGCCCUCUGCUGUCAGGGCUAGCCCGUCCAGCAAAAAAUUGAGUCAGAUGCCUAAUUCGCCAAUCUAUUACAUCAAAUUGCCAGUGAGUUCGUUCGUCUCGGGUCGAACACCCUUUAGGGACGACUCACCUGAUGAUUAUUUCAAGCAAUCGCCCAUCUUUGUGGCUACCACUAGACGACCGGGCAGUGUGGCCGAGACGGAAACUACCGAUUCUUCAUCUUUGGACACGUCGUUAUCGACCACGACACUCAUGCCACCGCGUACCAAUUCACGUGUUAUCAACAUCAAGGGACCGUUCGUGUUUAAUGGCAAACCGGGCGGCAUCUACUCGGCACCAGCUCCGUACAGACCACCCAAUUAUUUGGAUCUCUUACAUCAAAUCUAUCCGAAACUCAAGAGAGCUCAAUUUAUCAGACGCUAAUCUAUUUUUUUAAUUACUUUUUAUGAUUAAAAGUAAAAAAAAAAAAUGGAACGAAAUUUAAAAGGAUGAAAAACGAAGGAGAACAUCACGCUCUUUAUUUAAUCACCGAUGUUGUCAUGACUUGUGCCGUGCUAUUUUUGCUAAUAAAGAAAAUAAAGUGAAUGCCGUCAAGUUUAAAAUAUAUUUUUGUAAUUUCGAUUGCCACCGCCCGGAAACUCGAAUGUUGACAUUGGAGCGUUGGGUUCAUGCCGUAGUCGGAAUGGUUAUUUAAUCAUUUCCUUUAUAUAAAACAUGUUUUGUUUUUUUUAACAUUAUCGUUAAUAGUAUUAAUAUUUGCAGUGAAAUUGAACGUAGUUUUGCCUGUUUUCUUUUUUGCUUGUUGAUUUUGCCGUUGUUUUGUUGUGUUUUUUUAUUACUUCCCCAGUUCAUAUGUGACAACGUGCCGUGAAUCAGAAAAUACACUCAUAACCCCCGCUUUUAGAAAAA